AAGAAGAAGAACACGAUUUCCGGUGUCGCGUCACUGGGUCCUACUGAGCGCGGAUUUUUGAAAAGCAACAGCGAACCGCAACUGUGUUGUGUUGGUGAAGAAUAGCUAAACAACCCUACGAUCAUCAUGGCAUGCAUUAAGGAUGCACACAUUGGGAGUUGGGUUAGUAACAAAAUGGAAGAACUACGCAACAAAAAGCUUGCUCAGGUCUCAGGAGAGGUGAUGGAGUCAGGAUUGGAUUGGGUUCAACCCAACCAGCAGUUUUUCGAAUCUUGUCGUGAUAAAUGUUCAAAAAAAUGCAAGGAGGAUGAAAUGUUAUUUGAAACUCUUCAGUUUUACCACAAAGAUAUGGAACACACAAACUCCUCAGUGGCGGAGAAGAAAAAAGCCAUUGCUCAAACGUUGUCUGAACUUGAAGGGAAAAGUGGCCAGAAAAGCAAGGUCAUUGAAAAGAUUGAAAUGCUCAGACUGGAACAAGACAAGAAGAAAGAAUUGAUUAUUUCUCAGAACCAAGCUAACAAAACCAGACUGAAGAAUCUCAACAGAGCCAAGCAGGUGUUUCAGGAUCACCUAGGACUGGAAAUAAGAAAAAUUAACGGUGAUACAUUGCAAUUUAUUUUCCGAAACAUCAACCCUAAAGACCCGGUGUGUGCUUACACCUUCAGGCUAAGGAUUAAUGAAUGUGGAUCCUACCAGAUUUUGUCGAGUGAUCCACCACUGGAGCGUAUGUCCUACUUGGAGAAGAGACUUCAGGAGACUAACAGCUUCUCUGCCUUCCUUGCAAACAUUCGGAGAGAGUUUGUCAAUCUUCUACCUGAGAAGUAAAAACAUUAUGUCAAUUGAAAAGUGUAAAUAUGUAUCUACUCAUAACACUCGCUCAGUAUUUUAUUAUUUAGUUGUGUUGAUCAGAAAGCAUCAUGGUGAAUUUGGGAAGAGUUCUCAAGUGCAUUGUUCAGGCAGCGAUGCUAGACAAUAUUGGGCUGUUCCUUGGGACUCCGUUAGCUUACAGUGCCUACUUUUUCAGUUUUGUUGUUUCAGCUGCAGUCAGUGCUGUCAUAACAUUUUACUUAUUACAACUAACACGAUGAACGUUUGAAUUGUGCAAGUUGGUGGGUUGUCUCUGUUGCCCUCAUUUUAAUUUGUAAAUAAACUUUUUGUACACCCGCCA